GACGUCACAGUCCGAGUGGCGACAGUCGGAAACAGGAGCAACGUCGUCGUCGCCGGUUUCGCUUUCGCUUGUCGUUGACGUUAACGCAAGGCGAAUGUCGACCCGGGCGCGAUGACGUCAUUCUCAUCCACUGUCGCCACUCGCCGGAUGACGUCAUCCUCCACCGCGUGUCGUCACUCGCGACGCGAGGCACCAUGAAGAACGCGUCCGACAAGGGAAGUAGCGCCGGUGCUGGCGGGGGUGGGAAAAUGAACCCUGCCAAGAAGGCCGUGAGGCAGAAGGAGGAGGAGGUGAAGGCCGCCGAGGUGUACGAGGAGUUCCUCGCCUCCUUCGAGGGGAGCUCGUCCGGCGGCAUCAAGACGUUCGUGCGGGGCGGCAUCGUCAACGCCAAGGAUGAGGGCGAGGAGCACAAGAAAGGGCGACUCUACCGCCCCACGUCCCGGCUCAUGGACACCAAACCCAGCCAGGCCGAGUCGCCAGCGGCGCCGCCUCCGGCCUUCGACGCACGCAAGCCCCUUGUCAAGAAAGGAGAGAAGGAGAAAAAGAAAAGUAACCUGGAGCUCUUUAAAGAGGAGCUCAAGAUGAUACAGGAGGAACGGGAGGGCCGCCACAAGCUGAAGAAGGUGAUGCAGGACGGCUCCUACCGGCCCAGCCGCUUCGAGCCGCUCUCCUCCGAGCUCGAGCAACAGCUCGCCAAGCGCUCCUCAGUGCUAGAUGAGUACACCAGCGGGUCGUACGACACGGGGGAUCCCAGCACCACCAACCUUUACCUCGGCAACAUCAACCCCAAGAUGAACGAGGAGAUGCUGUGCCAGGAGUUUGGCCGGUUCGGGCCGCUGGCCAGCGUCAAGAUCAUGUGGCCUCGCAAGGAUGAGGAGCGUGCCCGGGACCGGCACUGCGGCUUCGUGGCCUACAUGAACCGAAAAGAUGCAGAGCGUGCCCUCAAACUGCUCAACAGCAAGGAGAUCAUGGGCUACGAGAUGAGGCUGGGCUGGGGCAAGGCGAUCCCCCUGCCGCCAUACCCACUCUACAUCCCGCCGGCCAUGCUGGAGCUCACCAUGCCGCCACCGCCCUCGGGGCUGCCCUUCAACGCGCAGCCGCGGGAGAGGCUCCGCAACCCCCACGCGCCGCUGCCGCCGCCGCCCGCCAACAACGAGGAGCUGGAGAAGACUCUGUCCCAAGCCGUAGUAAAAGUGGUUAUACCCACCGAAAGGCCCCUGCUGUGCCUCAUCCACCGCAUGAUCGAGUUUGUGGUGCGCGAGGGACCGCUCUUCGAAGCCAUCAUCAUGAGCCGGGAGAUAAACAACCCCAUGUACAGAUUUCUCUUUGACAACCAAAGUCCAGCCCACGUCUAUUACCGCUGGAGGCUGUUUUCCAUCCUGCAGGGCGACUCGGCGACGCGCUGGCGCACGGCCGAGUUCCGGAUGUUCGAGGGCGGCUCGGUGUGGCGCCCGCCGCCCCUCAACCCGUACCUGCAGGGGAUGCCCGAGGAGCUGGAGCCGCUGCUGCUGCAGGGCCUGGCGGAGGGCAGCGAGAGCGAGCAGCCGCUCAAGAAGGGGCAGCUCAAGGAGGACGAGCGGGACAAGCUGGAGAACGUGCUGAGGGGGCUGACGCCGCGCAAGUCGGAGAUCGGCGACGCCAUGGCCUUCUGCCUGCAGCACGCUGAGGCGGCCGAGGAGGUGGUGGAGUGCAUCGCCGAGUCGCUCUCCAUCCUGCAGACGCCGCUGCCGAAGAAGAUCGCCCGUCUCUAUGUCGUGUCGGACAUCCUGCACAACUCGUGCGCGAAGGUCGCCAACGCCUCCUACUACAGGAAAUACUUCGAGGCCAAGCUGCCGCAGAUCUUCGCCGACAUCCACGAGGUCUACAAGUCCAUCCAAGGGCGCCUGCAGGCCGAGCAAUUCAAGCAAAAGGUGAUGUCGUGUUUCCGCGCGUGGGAGGACUGGGCCGUGUACCCGGACUCGUUCCUCAUCAAGCUCCAGAACGUCUUCCUGGGACUCGUGCGGAUCAACGACGACGGCAAGGAAGUCUCCGUGGUACCGGGGGCGGGGGCGGGGGCGGAGGAGGUGGACGGGGCGCCCCUGGACGACGACGACGUGGACGGGGCGCCCCUGGAGGAGGAGGAGGAGGGGGAGGAGGGGGAGGGGGGUGGAGGAGGAGGGGAGGGGCCGCCCCCCCGGGCGGGGGGCGCCGGGCCGCUGGACGGGGCCCCCCUGGACGACCUCGACGGGCUGCCCAUGCAGGCCGGGGAUGACAUCGAUGGGCUGCCCUUGGACGAUGCUCUCCCCAAGAAGGCGAUGCUGCCCAUCGCGUCGUCCAAGUGGGAGCGCGUGGACGACCUGGACACGGACAACACCCGCCGCUCCCCCCCUCCGUCGGGCAAGAGGGACGACGACUCGGACGAUGCCAGCGGCGGCACGGUUGGCGCUGCGGGCAAGUUGCCGCUGGGCUUCACCGCCACGGCCGUCGCCUCCUCCUCCUCCUCCGCCGGCAGUCCCAGCGGAGGUCCCGCGGGUGCCUCUGGCGCCGGCGGUGACGCGGGCAAGCCGGGGCAGGGCGGCGCAGUCGGCUCCGGUUCGUCGGUGAGCGAUGAGGCCGCUCAAAAGUCCCUGCUCAAGUCCCUGGAGGUGUCGGAGGAGAAGAGGGCCAAGCUGAGGGAGAUUGAGCUGAAGGUGAUGAAGUUUCAGGAUGAGCUGGAGUGCGGCAAGCGCCACAAGAAGGCGGGCCAGAGCAUCCGCGAGCAGGUGGAGCACUAUCGGAGCAAGCUGCUCGCAAGGGAGAAGGAGAAGAAGGAGCGUGACAAGAAGGAUCGCGACAAGGAGGAGAAGCGGAAGGGGCGCCGGGAGGGUGGUCGUGGCUCCUCGUCGCCCACGCCGCAGCAGCAGCAGCAGCAGCAGCAGGCGGCGCAGCAGCAGCAGCAGCAGCAGCAGCAGGCGCCACCUCCGCCUGCAACGCCGUCGGCGUCGUCGUCGUCGUCGGCGUCACGUCGCGAGCGGAAGCGCAGCAGCAGCAGCCGCUCGGGCUCUGAGGAGCGCUACCCCAGCCCCAGCCCCAGCCCCAGCCCCUGCCCCUCGCGCCAGCAGCAGCAGCAGCAGCAGCAGCGGCGCCAGCCGCGGCCGCAGCGCGAC